ACAACUAUUGCUUUUGGGGUGCUAAUGACAUUUAUUUUUGGAUAUUGCCGGCAUGCAAUCGGAGAUGCCCAUAGCCUCAAACUCAUCAUUAGCUCUUUCGUCACCUUCUCGACUUUUUUAUCUGGACUAAUCCUGAUGUUGCUCACCUUGAAUUUGCUCACUCUCAAUCAUCCCAAUACUAGAAGAAAACAGUAUAUGGCUGUCGUGGUUCUCGCGUACGUUUCUAGUGUCCUCUUAACUUUGACCAGCCUUAGUCUUUUAGUUCUCUUACCCAAGAAAUAUGCCAUUCUGGCUUUUAUUCUACUUCCAAUUGUAGUGAUCGUCGGCCUGCUCAUUUACUACAACGGACUUCAACUAGACGAAGCAGACAUUAUCGCUGGUUAUGAAGGUCAGAAAGCCGAGUUAAAGCGCUCCUCAAAGCUCUCCUCAAGUGUUACUACCCUCUCUUUCGGGGGAAUGGUUGGAUCUAUCUCUGGUUAUACGAAAAAUGUUUCUGAUCUAGCCCGUAAACCCCAUAUUAAUGUUGGUUUCUUCAUCAUCUUCACCACCUCUUUGUCUGGCCUUUUCUCGAUAUUGCUUGCCUUGGUACUGCCAAGUCUUAAUAGUCCAAUCACCAGACAACGCCUGAUUACCUUCACCAAAUUCUUUAGCUAUUUCUUGUUAAUGUUGCAAGCAAUGACAGCGAUUGCGUUCUCCCAUGUAUUCCUUGAGGAAUUUGUCUUGCCAGCUUUUUUCCCGACAAUUCUUGGAGCCAUGGUCUGGUUUGCUAUGGAAUUUGGCCUUGAGACGCCAACAAAGCAUGGCCAUUGUGUGGCAAGUCUGGAAGUCAUCGAGCUCAAACUCACCUCUAUGGUCUCUACCUCGGUUACAUCUAUCACCUUUGUUGGAAUUGCGACUAUAUUCACAGGGUACAUUGGAAGCCAGGCCGACAGUCUCCACCUCAACAGUUGCGUAUUCCUCAUGCUCUCAGCUUUUAUUUCUGGCUUAAGCCUGAUGGUGCUUACGUUCAGGCCUCCGAACACAAGAAGUUCCAUUAUGGUUGUCAGGAUGUUAACUUGCUGCACCAUUGGGUUGCUGGCUUUGGCAGCGCUAGAUGUUAUCCUUCUAGUAGUUUGAUGAUUCAGAGAUAUCUUGUAUAUAGAUAUGUAUAUUCUUUAUAUAAAUAUACUGUUGGUGAUCAUAUUCUCC